UUAGUUAGGAAGCAAUAUUUUACAAUUUAAAUAAUUUUUACUGUAGUAAAGUGUAACAUUGAAUCUGUUAUAAAUCGCUGAAUGUUUAGAUCCAGAAUAUUUUUUUUCGAACGACUGACAAAUUAUAUAAACUUACUUAGAUUGGACUUCGCUUCUGUUUGCGAAUAAUUUACGCACGAUAUUUCGCAACACACACUCGAAAGGGUGAAAAACCUAUCUUCGAAGCGAUUACUUUUCUAUAAAAUUCAGCUCUAUAAAGGAUACUCGCAAUUGAGUUACUAGUUACACACUGGAAUCAUUUAUUUCUAUCUGAGUUUUGUGGUUUGAUAGCCAGUACAAUUCUGUUGUACUUAUUUUUAAUUACAAUAACAUCGUCUUCUUUCUCUCUCGGUCGACCAUUCGAAUAUCAACACUAACAAAAUCCCAAGAAAUAGCGUGUUGAGGAAGAUAUUAUAGCUGAUACUUCUCUCUUGUAAGAAAUACGGAUGAUUUUGUUUGUUUGACUUUUCUGAGAUAACAAAAAAAAUACUACAUUUUAUUUUAUGACGAAAUCGAUAUGCUAUAAUUACAUUUGUUCUUAUCGUGACAAUAGCACUAUGAAUAACAGCAAAGAAAACGACUAUCAACGACAAAUAAGAGUACUCUCUUUUCUCAUAGUGCUGCUUUAUUUGAUUGUUCUCGCUCAACCUUUUAUCUUUAUCUAUUUACUUCAAUAUUCCCACAUUCGAGUUGUUUCAUCCGAUAUAGAAGAGCGCAUUAUCAAGUCUGAGAAAACUAACGGUGACGUCAAUUAUAACACUACACCUCACCAAGUUGAAAAAAGGGAAAUUUCGUCUGUAGUCGAAAAAGAAUGCGGAAAUAAUUGUCUUCUUCAAUCUAAAAUAUGCGAAAAAGACGACGAUUCAGUUACGCUGAAUGGAAAGUGUAAUAUAAAAAAAUCUGAUCUCUGCGAGUAUUGUUUUACCGCCGAAGACAUUUGUAAAAGAAAUAUAACAGAAUUAAAAGGGGAAGAGGAGAAAAAAAAUGGUGAUUCAAAAGAAAAGAAGGGACAAACCAAACAUUGCACUCUCGACAAUAUUACAUAUCAUCAAACUUUUCCAUUUACAACAUUUUAUGAAGAGGUUAUAUUUUCUUCAAUACAAUUUGAACAGGAUUCCGAAGGCAGUUUGAAAAUUUUGAUAAAGGAAAAAGACAGGCCCAUCAUAAAAGAAUAUAAAUUACACAAAGACGGAAAUUAUAAAUUGGUUAAGACAAUUGUUUUACCUGACGGAACGAAAGAUUUUGGAUAUAUAUACAAUAAAAGUUAUUACAGUCAACAUGGUUACCUACACAAAGUCGUCAAAUACAAUUUUGAGACUGGGGAAUCGACAACAGGAGAGAAACUCUGUCAAAUUCCAGUUUACAAUACCUUAGUAUUCCGCUUAGACCAGAAUUAUAUCUGGAUAUUUAACUUACUAAACUUUACCUUAAAAACUUAUGAGGCGGUUCAAAUUAAUCCGGAAAAUUUACAUGUUUUGUCGCAGCAAGAUAUUAAACAAAAUUAUUGUUACAUCAGAAAUCAAUUCGUUGCUUUUGGCAAGAUUUAUUGUCUUUCUGAUGGCGAUAAGUUAAAGGUUUAUCUUUUGUCGGAUUUAAACAAAAAGAAAAAUUCGCAUAUUACCGAUAAUGAAGAAGUGUAUAUCGACAGGGAAGCAGAAUUUAAUCUUAUGGAUCAGUUCUAUAAUUUUAAAGAAAGACAACUUUAUCUAACUGAUCUAUCAUUUGUAACUAAUAAUUAUACCAUUCAUAGUUACAAAUUACACUUCAAUUGUUCAUAUGAAAAGUAAAAAGUUACAUCGUAACAUUCAUUAUAAUGAUUCAUUUCCUUAUUAAUUAAUUUCCUUCGAAUUGUUUGAAGUGUCGAACUGUUUACAUUUUUUAAUAAAGUUUUGUAUUACAUUUCAAUAAAUGUUUUAUCUUUU